CACGCACGACGUCCCUGCCCUUUUACCGUAGCCUCGACGGCCAUUUUCUUCCUCGCGCCUCACCCCCACUCCUCCCGCUGAAGCCCGCUGUCACGUAUGUCGGAGACGCAUCGCCCCAACGCCGGAAGAGAGCAGCACUUACCAGUUCUCGUGUUACCGUUUUGCUUGCACGUGUCUACCAACAAUUUAUGCGCGUCCGUAAAAUGAUACACGAGGUCCUUAACAGGACCUGCGCGAGCUAGGGGAGCAAUCAAUUUACCAAACAAACGCACAAUUGUCGCACGUUUGACGAAAUGCGCGUGCAAGAAAGAUGAUAUCGCGAAGAUGAUUCCAAUUGUUCCUCAGAUCUGCGGAAGCGCAUGGACGUUAACGAACAUUCGCUGUUCUCCGAGACACUCGCGCACGAUUUUCGUGAUUUCACUUUUCGGCGACAAAAAUCUCAUGUCUUGUUGUUUCGCACACAAGAAACAAUUAUCGCGCACCACCUCACAUUUAAUUUUAUACCGCAAUAAAGCACGGGACCGAUUCGAACGCGACUCCACUAGUCACUAUAGCGCGUUCCAAGAUGGCGGAUCUCGAAGAGCGAUAUACGAUUCUCGACGCGAGUGAUCGAUACAUUUCUAUCUACAUUCUACCACAUGUAUAUAUACGUAUACGUAUACACGUCCUUCGUCACAAUGUUCUCCAGUUUUGUUUGGCUCUUUUUAUAAAGCACGUUGAAGCGGUGGAAGGGAUGCGCGCAACAGCAGCAAGUUCAUGCGGUUAGAACUCGCGCUGCUGUUGUGCGCAUCCUCUCUCCGCCGUUUCAGCAUGCCGUCGCCGUAAGAGAGCCAAAAUUUGCAAAAUCGAGAACACUGCUUCGUUAUGAUCUCACAGUGGUUUUAGUUUUGUGUUUGAUCGUAUGUUAAAAAUUUUUUCAACAAAACAAUGGAGUGCGUGGUGGCAAAUGUGGACAAUAUGCAAUUUGACAUCGAGAUCGCUCUUGGUGAACAAUUUGGAGCUCUUCCGUUACCAUUUACCGGCAUGGACAAAUCGAUCGCAGCAGUAUGUCAAUUUUAUCCCAAAGGUUCUUGUAACAAAGGAGCGUCAUGUCCAUUUAGACAUGUACGGGGUGAUCGUACAAUAGUAUGUAAACAUUGGCUGAGAGGUCUUUGUAAAAAGGGUGAUCAAUGUGAAUUCUUACACGAAUAUGAUAUGACAAAAAUGCCAGAAUGUUACUUUUAUUCUAGAUUUAAUGCAUGCCAUAACAAGGAGUGUCCGUUCUUGCACAUCGAUCCAGAGACUAAAGUCAGAGAUUGUCCGUGGUAUGAUCGUGGAUUCUGUAGGCACGGGCCACUGUGCAGGCAUCGGCAUGUGAGACGAGUUUUGUGUAUGGCUUAUCUAGCUGGUUUUUGUCCAGAAGGACCGAAUUGCAAAUUCAUGCAUCCGAGAUUUGAAUUGCCAGCGGUGCAAGACAUGCAGCCGAAGGAAGGCAAAAAGAUAAUGAUAACUUGUCACUUCUGCGGAGAAGGUGGUCACAAAGCGAUUUAUUGUAACAAGAUGCCACCCGAUGUACGAGAACAAGCACAAGUCAGACAAGAAAUAGACGGUACCGCUCAUACGACACAUCACAACGGUCCGCCGCAACCUCGAGGUCCACAAAAGCCGCUCGAGGAAGUGACUUGCUACAAGUGCGGACAGAAAGGACAUUAUGCCAAUAAAUGUCCGAAGGGUCACUUGGCCUUUUUAAGUCACGCGCAUACUAGUGGCAGUGGUGGACAGAAUCCGAAUUAUAGGAGAUAAAUUUUUUUUCUGUA